ACGAGUCCGUGAACGUCAAGUUAAGUGAUUAGAUAAAGAAGUAAACAAUACAAUUUUUCUGCAUUUUGGACUUGAUAUUGUUUAAAUUCACUUUCUGUGCUUAGAAUUACAUGUUUCCUAAAGUUUUGUGAAAAGAAAGUAGUAAAAUUGAUCGGUAAAUAAAGCGUCAGUAGUGAAAACAUGACAUAGAUUUGGUUAAACAAUUUAGUAAAUAUAUACACAAAAACAAAAAAUGAUCCACAUAAAUGAUCUGCCGUUAGAAUCUUUCCUUGAAAUACUAUCCAAAGCAGAUGGAUGCACGAUUGGGAUAUGCCGAAGAGUGAGUAAAAAUUGGAAAGAAAUAAUCGAUGGCACAGACUUACUUUGGCAAGAAUUUUGCAAGAAAGAGUUCAAACAUUCCUCUAUUAUUGCGAGAAGAAAAUCCGAGAAAGAUACGAGCUGGUACCACAUCUACAAGAAUCUGAAAACAUGGUCGAACAUUUCGAAAAUUGAGAGUAAAACGAGGGAGUUUUAUAAUUUUUCUCUGCACGAUAAAUGUCAUGCAUUGGAGAUUGACAAUGGAAUUUUACCGUUAAAAGACACCCGAGGAGUUGUUCUUUACGAUAUGAAUACAAUGAAAAACAUACCUGUAGUAGUACCUGAGAAAAACUGCUUGAAAGUUGCACAUAAUGAUUGUGCUUCAGCCAUUAUGAUAAAAUCAGGACUUUUAAUACAAAGAACCGUUUCUAAUCCAAACUUCAUGUCUGAGGCGUUUUUCAAAGCUGAUGACUUCGUUUUAGCCGAGAAUGCUAUGUACUUCUUUAAUAACCGAGACAUUUUCAAAUGUGAUUUGGGUCAUGAAAAUUUGUCUUCAAAAUUGAUUCUACAUUGCGACUAUGAUAUAAAAGUUAUGCAGUACAACAGCAAUGUUUUAUACAUCUUUACCGAUUGUGGAAAGAUAGUAACUAUUGUUAACGAACAGCUAGAUUCUGUCAAACCAAUCGCAGUACCUCCAGAAUGGCUAAAGCAGGUUAAACAUAUAACAGCUAUCAACGAUAAAAACUAUGUUUGUUAUUCACGGAUUUUAUUCAAAAUAGAAACAGAUACGUACAAGCAUUUGUACAUAGAGUUUCCUCCGAUAACUGCAUUAUUCUUUUACGGAGAUAUAGUUUUGAUUGGAACUAAGAACAGUGAGAUCUUGUUAUACCGUCUGUCAAGCCAAAAGUACAAGGUUACACCAAUUUUUGAAAGACUCGGAGAACUGCCGGAUGGGAAGUAUGCAGUACAACUAGAUGUUUGCGAGAGAAAAUCUGGACCAGUCAUUGUUGCUGCUACAUUUUUUGAGAUAUUCAUAUUUGAAUACGACUUCUUUCCUAAUGACAAUGUGGACCGCAUGAAGAAGACCUUUACCUCCAACAAGCUCUGCAUUUACAAGAGACUUCUCCGACUGAAGGACAGGCUGCAGUGUCAAUCCUUCAUUUAAUUAAACGAUUAACCCUUUGAUGGCCCAAGACGUCAAUGGGGGGCCUACCGCGAACCACGUUCGACUUGUUGCCUCCCUGUCACACUUACGUACGAAUCAGGGAUGUUGCGGAUGCCGAUUUUUUGACAUCCGCGGACGCGGAUGCGGAUGCGAAUUUGUAAAGGCUCACAUCCGCGGAUGCGGAUGUAUAGAUUAGUCACAUAAAAAAACGUCAAAUAUUACACUUUAAUAUUUUUAAUUAAAAAAAACGAAACUUUUAGUAUUUGAACAUGAAUAUAGAUGCCCCACAAUCGCAUUACUAUACUAAAGUCCAAAUAAAUCAAACUUUUCACUUCUUGUCGCUGUCCGUCAUAGGGUAAAGUGCUCGAUCGACGAAUCACAAAAACGUAACGAGAUUCCUAUUGGCUAAUGACGAAAUUACCUAGCACUUACGCCGCCGCUAAGACGUUCCUGCACCUACCUGUUCCACAUCCGCAUCCGCAUUAAGUUCCGCAUCGAUUUUAUGCGGAUGCGGAUGCUGAUGUUGAAAAUAAUGCGGAAGUUCCGCGGUUGCGGAUGCGGAUGCGAAUAUUUGCAACAUCCCUGGUACGAAUUUACAAGUGCGACAGAGAGGCAACACGUUGAACUUGGUGCGCGGUAAGGCCCGCUGAAGCGCUAUAGCCCAAUACUAGGGAUGUACCGACUAGUCGGGAAAGCCGACUAUCCGGCCACGUUUGUAGUCGGCGACUAGUCGGCGACUAGUCGGCAAAAUUAGCCGAAUAGUCGGCACUAUUUAAUCUUCAGGAAAGAUAAGAUUUUUAUUUCAACUCUUUCAAUUCUACUCUAACAAAAACAGUCUUUGAUAUUCUGUUGACGUUGAGAAUCUCAACAUUGAGAAUACUUUGAGAAUACAACGUUGAGAAUAACAACUUGAGAUUGGCUGGCCGCUGGAGCUGAUAUAGCCGCCGGUGUCGGUGAUGGUGUCGGCGGUAGUUGCGGCAGAGAAAUGGAACAAGGUGAUGAAUCGCUAGAUUUAAUUGCAGCGGCCAGCUGAGGCAUUUGGUGUUUGUUUUUAUAUUUGAUAUGAUUUAGUAACGAGCACUGGGUGCACCUCACUUUAUUUGCAUCGCCUUCAGCAUCUUCCCUUCCUUUUCGACAUUUUUCGUAUUUAUUAAGAGCACUAUAUGUAUUAUUUAUUUAAACAGUUAUUACAAUUUCUUGUUUUCGCUAUGAAACACGAAAGGGCGACUAAUAAAUCACGAAAACUUAGGUAGACAAAACUAGUCAUACGUAAACAUGAACGCAAGAC